UACACAGACCUGCACACUUGAGCAAGAAUCACAGCACAGUGUGUAUGUGCAGAGGAUGAAGAUGGUUUUUCUAACAACUAAAAUGAUGCAAAGGACUGCACUUUUUGUGACGUUUGGGGGUUUAGUCACUUCUCUGAUCACCACCUUCCUUCCACUGUGGAAGACAAUGAAUUCUGACCUGAACGAGGUAGAGAACUGGUUCUCUGGACUUUGGCACACCUGCCUCUACACCGAGGAGGUGGGAGUUCAGUGUAAGGCCUACGAGUCCAUCAUGGGGCUGCCUUUGGACCUGCAGAUCUCCAGGGUGCUCAUGUCAGUGUCUAUUGCCACUGGAGGGUUAGCUCUGCUGGCUACCUUCCCCGGACUGGAGGGGGUUGAGAUGUGUGUGGGGCAGCCUGGCCUAAAGAGACGUCUCCUCAUCCUCGGCGGGGUACUGUCCUGGGUGUCGGGACUCACUACCCUGGCUCCCGUCUCUCUUGUGGCCUACACAACUGUGGUGGACUUCUGGGAUGAUGGUUUUCCUGAUGUGAUGCCACGCUGGGAGUAUGGAGAGGCAAUGUUCUCUGGAUGGUUUGGAGGUUUGGCUCUGGUCAUCGGAGGCACUCUCUUCUUUGUAGCUGUGUGCAUGGGGGACUACGACCAGAGGCCACCAAGUGUGCCAAACAGCCCGCAGGCAAAGCACAGGACAAAGCACUACCUGAAGACAGAGGUUUUAUAGAUCACAUAUGCACAUUCAUAUACUUCAUAUGGAGGUCUGUCCGCCUGUAGAGAGAUGAAUUAAUGACAUUACUAGUUAAAUACUUAAAUACUACAGUAGCUCUAUUUGUAUGACAAAGACAGGAUUACAAUUUCUGACUAAAGUGACAUUAAAGCUACAUGCGUUUAUUUGUUAAUUUCUAAAUCAAAUUGCAGACUACAUAUUUUCUGAAAUCUCUGUUUCUGGUUAACUAUGAGAUUGUCUUCCGGUUUUGACAACUAUUAAAGUAAUGUGACAUAAGAAACUGCAGUAGUUGUUAUUCCUUUGAAGUCUACAGAGUCUGG